UUUUUAUUAUUAUUUAUUCAAACAAUGUUUACCUCAACAUAACCUUAAUUUUUAGUGUGUCAAACAUGUGUCAAAAAAACAUUAACCAUUGUUGCUUCUCCAUAUUAUAAAAAAAAAAAUAAACAAACACUUUGAUUGUCUUUUUUUAAGUGUCCUUGAAAACAAUAUUAAUUAUUACUGUGAUAUAAAAUUAAUUAGCCCAGUCAUGACUGAUUUUUCUGCUUGAUAACUGUUAACGAUUAAUAUGAGGGAUAUAAAAAUGGAUACAAAAAGUUAAAAAUAAAAACAACAAAAUCAAUUACCAGUGACCUAUUAUACUUCAUCGCUAUUAUAUAUUAAUAUUUUAAUUUUUUUAUCUCCACAGUAAUUAUAAACUAUCAAGUGUUCAAACGAUGUGUACUCCAUAUGAUUUGUAUAAAGAUUUUCCAGAAAAAAAUACUAAAAAAGUGAAUAAUCAUGUCAUCACAUUAUGGUGGUUACGUCUAUCUAUCAUACUUUGCAUAUGUUUAUUCAUUGUUGCUUGUACUCUCAGUGUGUUGACAACAAGCUUAACAAAUACUCAAUAUAGAGAGUUAAUAGUUGAUAAAAAAAUAAUUGAAAAUGCCAAGAUUAUUACGUGGACAUGCAGGCUUGGGUUGUGCUCCAAAUCGACGAAGAAAAGUCAGAACACCAACGGGAAAUCAAACAUUUCAAUGGCCAAUUCGUCAAAACAAUUCAACAACACUCAUGUGUCAAGCGGGAAAUACAUCGUCUGUUAUUACACAAUAUCGGGAAAGCUGAACACGUCCCAGGAGCUCAAUCCGUCGCACAUUGACCCUCAUAUUUGUACGCAUAUUAUCGUGGGUUUUGCAGAGGUGGUAAAUUGUACCUUGUUUUUAAAUAAUUAUUUAAAUAUAUAUUUAAAUGUAUUAAAUCUUAAAAAACAAGCUCCACAACUCAAAAUUAUGAUAAGUGCAGGUGGUAUAAGUGAGCUCCCAAAUACUGGCUUUCCAGAAAUGGUUAAAACCCAUAAAAAUAGAAAAAUAUUUAUAAGAUCAGUAUUAAAUAUUAUAAAUAAAUAUAAUUUUGAUGGACUUGAUAUUGAUUGGGAAUUUCCAACAUAUUCAGAUUCAAUUAAACGUGAAAAAAUUUUUUUUGUUCAAUUAUUACAAGAAACUAAACAUGCAUUUGAUAAAAGUGGUAAAAAAUUAAUUUUAUCAGCUGCUGUUGCUGCUCCAGUUUCAAUUGUUGAUACUAGUUAUAAUAUACCAAAUAUUGCUGACCACGUUGAUUUUAUUAAUUUAAUGACAUAUGAUUUUAAUUUUUAUCAUUCGUAUUUGCCAAUAACUGGUCAUAAUGCUCCACUUUAUAACAGCUCAAAAGAUCUUGAUGUAUUUGCAACUUUAAAUGUUAAUUAUUCAGCACUAUAUUGGCUUGAAGGUGGUAUGACAAGAGAUAAAAUUGUCAUUGGUAUUCCAACUUAUGGACAUUCAUUUAGACUUGUUAAUUCUGAUAAUCAUGGUGUACAUGCACCAGCAAAAGGUAUUGGUCAUAAAGGUGAUCAGGGCUUUGUUAAUUAUCCAACAACUUGUGAAUUUAUCAGGAAUGGAGGUAACAGAGUCUUUGAUAAUGAAACUAAAACUCCAUAUGUUUACAAAUCAAAUGAAUGGAUAUCAUUUGAUGAUACUACAAGUAUUAAAAAAAAGAUUGAAUGGAUAAAAGACAAUGACUUUAAAGGAGCUAUGAUUUUUUCAAUGAACACAGAUGACUGGAAUGCAAGCUGUGAUGGCCGCACAACAUUUCCAUUAAUUAAAACUGUUAAAAAUAUGCUUGGCAAUUGAACAGGAUUUAGUUGAAAAAAAAUUAAUUAAUUCAGGUUUUCCAAAUACGUUCCAUUUACAGUGACAUUUUAUGGUAACACACAUAGUUCAAGUACAAAAAUUUAUUUAUAUUUGAUUAUUAUACGAUUUAUAAACUAAGUAGUGUUUUAAUAAAAAUCAUAAAAAUUAAUUUUUUUUUUUUUUUUUUGUUUAUUUAAUAUAUGUGAUAUAUUUGAGCUUUGAAUAAAUAAAUAAAAAAUUGAUGUAUAUAUGUUAUAAAUAAAUAAAAUCAUAUUAAUUUGAUUAAACGAAUAAUUUAUUUUAUUUACGAAUUUUCAAAUAAACUAAAAACAUAUUUUUAUUAUAAUAUUUUGAAAGACAAACAUAGAUUUAAAUAAAAAUAAAAACAUCUUUUGAGUUGGUUAGUAAUUAUAUUAU